CUGCGCGGGGUCGCGCGCGGAGCGUGCCCCGCCCCGCCCGCCGCCGCGAGCCCCGGUGCCGCCAUGAGGCGAGGGGAGCGGCGCGGGCUGGGGCCCGGCCCCGGCAAGGCCGCGCUGGAGGAGCAGAGCCCGCAGCACAACGGGCCCGGCCCGCGCCGCAGCACCGAGUCCGAGGUCUUCGACGACGGCACCAACACCUUCUUCUGGAGAGCUCAUACCUUAACAGUCCUGUUCAUCCUCACGUGUGCGCUGGGCUACGUGACCCUGCUUGAAGAAACACCACAAGAUACAGCCUACAACACAAAGAGAGGCAUCGUUGCCAGUAUCUUGGUUUUCCUGUGUUUUGGAGUGACACAAGCUAAAGAUGGACCAUUUUCAAGACCUCAUCCAGCCUACUGGAGGUUUUGGCUGUGUGUCAGCGUUGUCUAUGAGCUCUUCCUCAUCUUUAUACUCUUCCAGACAGUCCAGGACGGGCGGCAGUUCAUGAAGUACAUUGACCCACAUUUAGGUGUUCCUUUGCCAGAAAGGGACUAUGGUGGCAACUGCCUUGUUUAUGAUCCUGGCAACGAAACGGAUCCAUUUCACAACAUCUGGGACAAACUGGAUGGAUUUGUCCCUGCUCACUUUUUUGGCUGGUACCUGAAGACACUGAUGAUUCGGGACUGGUGGAUGUGUAUGAUCAUCAGUGUGAUGUUCGAGUUUCUGGAGUACAGCCUGGAACACCAGCUUCCAAACUUCAGUGAAUGUUGGUGGGAUCACUGGAUAAUGGAUGUGAUCCUGUGUAAUGGAUUAGGAAUUUAUUGUGGGAUGAAGACUCUGUCUUGGCUUUCUUUGAAAACGUACAAGUGGCAAGGACUUUGGAACAUUCCUACAUACAAGGGUAAAAUGAAGAGAAUUGUCUUCCAGUUCACCCCCUACAGCUGGGUGAAGUUUGAGUGGAAGCCAGCGUCCAGCCUGCGCCGGUGGCUGGCGGUUUGCGGCAUCAUCUUUGUGUUUUUAUUGGCAGAGCUGAACACCUUUUACUUGAAGUUUGUCCUUUGGAUGCCACCAGAACACUACUUGGUCCUGUUGCGACUUGUCUUUUUUGUCAAUGUGGGAGGUGUGGCCAUGAGGGAGAUCUACGACUUCAUGGAUGACCCGAAGUUCCACAAGAAGCUGGGCCAGCAGGCAUGGCUGGUGGCUGCCAUCACCGCCACGGAGUUCCUCAUCGUCGUGAAGUAUGAUCCCUACACGCUCACGCUCUCUCUUCCCUUCUACAUUACCCAGUGCUGGAUCCUGGGGAUUAUCCUGGUGCUCACCUGGACAGCCUGGAGGUUCUUCAUUCGUGACAUCACCCUACGGUAUAAGGAGAUCAGGAGACAGAAGCAAGAGCACAAACAUGAAAAGGACAAAUGCUUGAGCAAUGGUGAUGGACACUCAGCAAUGCUGGAGGAACAAAACGGGAACAAACUAAGGGAGAGGAAACUCUGAGCCAUGGACAGAAGGCUGAGAGGAACCCGUAGUGCUCAAGUUGGCCUGGUGGACAGUUUCAACCUUAUCCUACCUAACUCGUACUUGUCAUUGUUAGCUUUCCAAGGUGUGAAAUCCUCUCGGGGAAGAGAUGUCACUUGGGCAUACAUACACACCCUUUCUCCUCGUGUGCACCUGGUCAGAGAGGGGGAAAGUCUGUGUAGAGGGAAGUGAGAACUAACACCACUGCAACGAGACAGGAUCUUCAUCCUGCCAUAUUUUAUGUCUUCCUUGCAAACCAGGUUUGGAGAUGAGGGGCUUUACAACAAAGUGCAAAGGGAACGUAGCUGAUCUAGCCAGUAAACUGUGAGAUUUCCAUGGGAUGUUUGGGCAUUAGGAACACUUGGUUGGAGUGUGCAGAUUCCAGGCACAGGGAAUGAGCUAUUUUUUUAAUGCUGAAACUACCUUGAGCUGUGCAGUGAGAUCGUGUCAAGUGUCCAGCCAGCACUUCACUGCAGCGACAUGAGCACAGGGAAACCUGUGCCCAGGCUGCACAACCUGCACCGUGUCCCACACUCCGCUGCUGUUACAGCCCCUGCAGCACGGGGGCCAUUGCCUUUCUCUGAACUGACUUCCAGCAUCCUGGAAUAGCCUACAGGAGGUUUGUGUUGUAUCACAGCUCUGGGGAGACAGACGGCUUCUCCUUAGUUCUUUUGUUUUAAUUUAUCUUUUAGUCUUGGUCAUCUCUUAAAUGUGAGGGAGGGGUAAAUAAGAAAGGUCAACCUGCCUUUUCUGUAUGUGAAGUAUAACUUAUUACAAGCAGAAACUGGGAGUAGUUGCUCCAUCAGUCUUAAGCUGUUUGCCUUAUUCUCAGCUCUUUUCCUUUGUUCUCACGAGGGUUUCCUGCCUGGUCCGUGCUGUACGGGGCGCCUCAGGCUCUGCACCCUUCAGAGCUGCCCCAUUGCCCCCGAGGUAGCUCCAGACCGAGCAGCCCCCCCGGGUCUGGCCGGAUGAGCCCUCCCUGGUGUCACACAGAACAGACCAAGCACGUCAUCGUGCUGCCCGUGCAGCAGCAGGGGUCUGCAGGCCGGGCCAGGCCAGGCAGCAUUCCUGCUGUGACUCAGCGUCUGGGAGAAGACACUGGAAACCUGGGCUGUGUUUCAGGGGGGGUGUUUGGCUCCUUAUUCCAAAAUGUGAGGUGCGGCAUUAAACAUCAGUUCUGUCACCUCUGCUCAGCACCUUUGCCUUGUGUCCAAGGCACCGAUGUAACCGCAUCACUAAUGCAGUGACCUAACGUGGCUGUCAAGGGAUGCUCUUCAGGGAGGUGUUUAUCCGGGACAACCUGACAUGAGCAACCACCACCACCCCUAAAGCUGGGAGUGCAGCCCCAGACUCGAAGUGGCAGGAGAGCUGCAGAGCUGCUGCCUGGCAAACAUCCACAGUUUUGAUGUGGUUUGGUCUCAUGUGUGAGUGACAACCAAGACCCAGGUUUCUCCCAUGUUUGCAGUGACCUGGACACUUCCCACCCAUGGGGAACAGCUCGGCACUGGGGCAGGCUCAGCUGAUGGAGGUUUGGUUGCAGCUGAAGAGCUCCACGGGUGAAGCAGAGCUGAUGGGACAGGGGUGAGGCAGAGGAGGGUGACCAAGGUGGGAGGAAGCACCAAGCUCCUUCCUGGAGUAUGUGCAAUGUUCUGUGGAUAGUCGUGCAACGGCUGCUCAUAGGUGCUAGUGUUGUGCUGCUGUGAGGUAGUGACGAGUACUAUGUACUAUGUGUAGUAGCGCUGACGAGGCUGGAAACGGGCAGUGCUGACUUGAGCAGGGAUUUGUUUCCAUCCCUUUCCCCCUGGAGUCGUUCCAGCCCAGCUUUAGCCCAGUCUCACAGCCCGUGGCUGGCUGUGGUAGCUCCUCCCGGCUCAGCGAGGCUCAGGUCAGUGUAUCUCUGUUCUGCUGUAGCCCUGUUCCCUGCAUGGAGCAGGUAACAGGCAGACCUGGGAGAAUCCAUCACUGUUCCUCCUCCCAAAGACCUGCUGAGAUACAUCUGGAGCACCCGGUGAGGAACACCCAGGGUUGUGGUGCGCCUGUACCCCAGCGACAGGCGCUGCGGCCGCUGUGUUGUAGGUACUCACUGUGUAGGUCCCCUGGUAACAAUUCUGGAGCUUUGACCUCAUACAUAAACCACCGACUCGUUUGUCUUCAUCUAAACAGCUUUUACGGUUAGUCUGGGUGCCUGAACCCGUGUAAUAAAGCGAUGUUUGUUUGCUGCUGUGUUCUUUGGUA